AUGGGACCCCGCACGCGCUCCACUUCAUGGCUUGUUUUUGUUUGUUUGUACGCUUCAUUACCGGGACUUGAUCAAGUGACAUCUGAACUACAUGAUUGUUCGAAGCAGUUACUAAGCGACUGCUGCACAUGCAAAUCGUCAAGUAGCCUGCGCACGCGCAGCGCACGAGCGAGCACGGAGCGCUCAGCUGCCGGCACAGCUGCCCCCGUGAUGUACCACUGUCUGACAGAUGGUCGCCUUGAAUACCAAUGUCAAGGCGUUUCUUAA